CUCUCUCUCCUCCCCCCCCACCUCUCUCUCCCUCCCCCCACCACCCCCUUGUGACUGUUUUGUACAUAUGGUAAUGUCUACAAAUGUUGGAAUGUGUGUGGGCUACCAUGUGUGAGCUUUGUGUAAAUAUACAAAAACAAUAUACACCACUGUUUCUAUGGUUUUAAAUAAACAGGGUUUUAAUUUUCUACAAUGUUGUGGACCUUUUACUUGAAGAUUUGUCUUAUGGUUGAAGAUUUGUCUUAUGGAUGUAUUAUUUGAUAGAUCCAUAAAUAAUAACAGAUUGGACAAUUCGAUAAUUCCAAUCAGCGCGCCAAAAGAGGGACAGAAUCCCAGCCACGCUUUUAUUAGUUAAUAAACCCUACAGCAAUGACAUUUCGCCCUUUAAUUUGCUUAAGCAAGUGUUUAAUACACGGUAUUACAUUGCCUUAUGUCUAGGUUGAAGAUAAUUAUUUAAUAGUAUUAAUAUUUAUUUCGACCUAGUUUUAUGUGCCUGGUGGUUGUGUUGAAUUUGAAUUUAUGUACGAUGUCGUUGGUGCGCGAAUGUCGCAUCAUCAACCUGUAUUGUGACGACAUUCGUCCGAAAACCAGACAAAAGCAUUACUGCUGUUUCUCAGAGUAAAGUAGAGGUCUAGUAGGGGAGCGCUAAGGGGGUGAGAGGCACUAUCCACGGCUGAACUCAGUUAGAGUCGAGGAUCAAACAACUCCCCAUGGAGGCGCAGGACCGACCACAGCCCGGGACAAAGCCCAGUACCAAGCCCAGUACCAACCGCGUCAGGCCCGGGAAAGGCGAUGUGAAGUGGGACUCGUUUAGGCUGAAUACAACAGUAUCUUACCACAUGGAUCUGCCAGUUUUUUUCUAUUCAGAAGUUGAAAGAAAUUCGGCACGAAUUAUAUCGUUCAAGCAAGAAGAAGGAAAUAAAGAGAGAUAUCAGCAAAUCCAGAGAGGACCCACUGGUGCAGCCAGUGAUGAACAUGGACCCAAGAACUCUGAUGGGGGACAGGAGGAGGAGCUUCAAGGCUGCCUGGUGUCUGUGGUGAACAUGUGUGGUCACUCCUCCUCCAUCCUGGGGAAGCUCUACCAGCAGACUGCCCUGCCUAGCAACAGCAUCCGGACCAGCAGAGGGACAGAAUCAACCACACCCACCACGCUGCAGGCAGGAACCCCUCAUAGCUCAGCCAGAGAGAGGCAGGACCGGAGCAGGGUGUGGCCGUGUGGACAGAGACUGAGGGGAAGUUUGCGUCCUCUGUGUAUAGUGGAGGUCUCCAGUCCGACGGUUGAACAGUGUCGAGGGAUACAACCGCUCUGUCAGCCCCUCAGAACAAAAAAAAACAAACACCAGUCAGCUCCUGAAGAUGGUGAUGUGGCACUUCUCAUCAACACUGCAGCACAGCAGGAGGCUGUAGAGAAGAAAUAA